CCAAAAAAACCUGUCUCCAUUCCAGAAGUUCAGACUGUUCAACAAACAUGGACAGUGAAAGUGUAGUUUUGACGACGAUGGCUAGAAGAUAUGACUUUCUUAAUGCCAUCAUAGGUAAAGACGUGAUCGUGAAAUCAAUUCAUGGGGAAUGGUUCAGGGGGGUUUUAUUCAACGUGGACAUCAGUCUGAAUAUCGUGUUGUGCAGAACUAUGGCAAUGGAGAAUGAUGCAGUAAAUAAAGAAGUAUUUUUCAUCAGAUCCGACACGUAUCUGUAUAUCGGUAUAGACGACGGCAGUGUCAUUAUUGAAGAACCGAACACUACAAGAAAAACCAAUGAAGCCCAUCAGGAUUUCGAGGAGGAUUUAUUCUACACCAGUAAUGAUUCGGAAAAGGACAUCUUUGGUAUUUCAAAAAGAGUUGCCCGGCAAAAUUCAUUGGAGAUUUCAACGGAGAAUCUUUGAAAGCCACUGGCAACUAGUCUAAGUGUGUUUUUUACGUUACAGUUUAUUUCAAAGAAGUUUUUUUUAGUUGAUGUAGCUCAAGUGAGAUGUUUUAAUAAAGAUAUAGACAUAUUA